UUUUAAUUGGUACACGCUCAUUUUCGAUUUAAUACCAUCAUGGUUUUUCAAUAGAGCAAAUUAGGUUUUUAGUAUAGUUCAGUCAGUUUCAGUGUCAAGAUGUACUGCAAAUUCAUAUGCGUCCUUUUGUUGGGUUCUGGGGUAUUUAUUGGUGCCGUACAACUACCCCCAGAAAUAACCAAAUGCAAGAAAAGUGAUUCGGAAUGUAUGUCAAAGAGCAUAGUACAGGCGUUGCAAUUUUUUAAAAACGGAAAUAAAGAAUUAGGUUUUCCCAAGCUACAACCAUUUUAUCUGGAAAAAUUAGAAAUAGAAGCUGACCCAGGCAAGUCUGUCAAGCUGAACCAGCAUUAUGAAAAGAUUUAUUUACACGGAAUGACCAACGCUGAAGUAAAACAGUUUAGCCUAAAAGAUGAUGGCAAAACCUGCAAAUGGGAGAUGAUAGUCUACAGCCCAGGCACCCGAAUGGAUGCCGACUAUAAAUUAACUGGACAAGUUCUAUUGUUUCCUAUUAAUGGUUACGGACGCUGUAAUGUUACAAUGCAGGGCAUUUCCAAUAAACACUCAGCCGAAUGCGAACACUUUACCAAAAAAGGAAAGCAACACAUGCGCCUAAAAAAUUAUAAAAUGGACAUGAGCGUGGAGAGUUGCCACUUCGAUUUUCCCAACAUCAUCCCGGGAAAUGAAAAGAUUUCCGCAGAAUUAGGAAAAACUGUCAAUGAAAAUUCUUUGGAAAUAUUUAAAGAUGUUAAGGGUGGUUUUGAGGAAAUUCUCUCCAGGUUACACGAAAGCGGAGCCAAUAGUAUUUUCGCGAAAAUACCCGAAGAUGAACUGUUUUUAGCCGAAUAGAUUUUGGAUAGGUUUUUAUUCUUAGAUGAUAUUAUAAUAAGUGGGUUGCCAUAUUAAUUGUCCCUUACAUUUGUUAGAAUAAAUAUUAUUAAUAUAUA